GACGAUGUGUCGUCAUCACCCUGACAGACUAGAGUUUUAUUAUUAUAAUAGACGUGAGUUGUGGUGUAGAACUAACGAGCUUGUGUAGUCGAUUCGUUUCAAGUGCAACACGAAAAUAUACGAUCAAAUCGUUAAUUCAUUCCGAAACCUUCGAUUCGAAUAGUUGUUGUUCGGCUUCACGAGUUCUGAGUUCGACCCACUGCCGUUUAUUUGAAUAGUACAUAACCUAAACAAAUUGUUUAAUCAACUUUUUUUUAAAAUGAACACCUACCACGACAAAAUAACAGCAAAUUUGGAAAAUAGCAGAAACAGCCUGCGCCGUAUUGCUAGAAAUGACGAUACGGAAUGUUCUCCGCAAAGUAUCCUCAAUGUCAUAGAAAAGUUUGUCAAGACGGUCAACUCAAUGGACGAUACAAUACUAGUGCCUUGUCGUUUAAUGGAUCUGAAAGUAGGUGACGGUCAAGAUCCGUCAUGUAAUCACAACAAUCUCAAAGUUAAGGACAAACACUCUGUACAACAAGUAUUCAGCUCAACUGAUCUGUAUCAAAUCUACAGCAUGUUGAAGGACGUCAAAGGUGGCUUGCUCUGGGGCAGACAGAAAUCACAAGAGCGAGAAGAAGCUCCUGCUGCAACAUCAUUACCAAUCGUGGUAAAAGGACACGUGCGAAGACCAUCAACGGUUAGCGUAGCUUCCACUGCAAGUUCCACUUCGACAAUAAGCGACAGUGAGUCAGAAGUGGGAAGCAGUAAUGAAAAUGAUUCGGGUAUUGAGGAUGAAUGCUGUACAGAGCGGGUUGCUCAAGACUUCCAGAGACAUUUGGAUGGUCUAACCAGCUCACUCAGGCAGAUGACAGAGGCGGCUCAGUACCUGACUUGGCGUUACCAACAUGAUAUUGGGGGGCCAGUUUAAAAAAUACAGAUCUAUUGUUUUUAUAGGGUAAUAUUUACCACAACUAUACAAGAUAAAGCGGCUGUAGAGGAAUGCAUGGCUUGGAGUGAUUGAGUUCUUAUGGUAAAAGUGCAAAGUGAUAUGUUAUUUAAAUUAUCUAUUUUUGCUCAUUAAUUUUUGUUAUGUUAUUUAUUUUAAUUUGAAAUGUAGAAAAAGAACAUCUAUAUUAUCUUUAUUUAUACCUAAAUAAAAUAUUCAGUUGA